UAUAUGAACAGAAGCUAUUUAUUUCAUUUUAGGUCUCGUUCAGCCAAGUUUUUGAGCUGCCGUCGUCCAGCUAAAUUUUAUGCUUCGUCCAUGUGUUCCUGUGUCGUCCAGCCGUCAGUAGAUUAAAACAAAUGACCUGAAUCAUUGUUUGCCUCUUGUUCAGUUCCUUUAUUCUCAUCCAGCUGUUAUCAAAUGACCCCUAAUUUAGAAACCGAUAAGGAUCAAACCGCAACACACAGUCGGUAGAAGUUGCAAAACAAGGAGGUGCUGUAAUUUUGAGUUCCCAGCUGCCUAAACUGAGAGAACAGAGUAUCACCCCAUUCUCUCAAUUGCAUAUCUUCUCCUUGAUUCCUCAACAAAAGUCUUUAGUUCAAACACAGCCAAUCCUAACGGGUCUUGUACAAAUCGGCAAAUUUUAUCAACUUGAGGUGGUGUUUUUGGAUUGCUGGAAGGCUAUGGGAAGUUCAUUGAUUGUUUUGGUGUGGCCGUGUGCUUAAAUAAUGAGUAGCUGGAUAUUAGGUGUUAGGUGUCGUGUACCAGCCACAGCUUCGUGUAUUUCUCUCUUGGCUGAGAAUGUAAAACCCAGUUAUCUGGAUAUGUCUAUUAUCAGGAAAAGUCGUUGCUUACCGGUGGCUAGUCUUCAGAUGCUCCAGAAAAGGUGUUUUCGACCUAGCUUUACCAAACAGAAGAUGAACAUGAGUAUGGCAACGGGUAAGAUAAAAAUCACUUCUACAUGCCCCUCGAAGACACACCUGAAUAGAUUACUGUGUUGUGAAUAUACAUCGUUGAGGAUAACUCCUAAGAGUACAUGUGAUGUUCGGUACUCUUCCUGGAUGCAAGGCUUUCUUCCUGCUAGUUUAAUUGUUGGAAUUUUGGUUUGUUCUACUUAUAAACCAGUAAAUGCUGAAGCGCAAAAUGUGGACAAAGAUUGUGGUGCCUCUUCUGUCAGCCAUUCACACGGAAAACAGGUCUACACUGACUAUUCUAUCAUUGGCAUACCUGGAGAUGGAAGAUGUAUGUUCCGUUCUGUCGCACAUGGCGCUUAUGUGCGGUCAGGAAAACCUGCUCCCAAUGAAAGGAUUCAAAAAGAAUUAGCAGAUGAAUUACGAGCCAGUGUAGCUGAUGAAUUUAUCAGAAGAAAAGAAGAGACAGAAUGGUUUAUUGAAGGCGACUUCGACACUUAUGUCUCUCACAUAAGGAAGCCUCAUGUAUGGGGUGGUGAGCCAGAAUUACUUAUGGCUUCUCAUGUUCUUCAGAUGCCAAUUACAGUCUUCAUGCACGACAAGGAAUCUGGUGGCCUAAUAUCAAUAGCCGAAUAUGGGCAAGAAUAUGGCAAGGAAAAUCCUAUCAAUAUUCUGUAUCAUGGUUUUGGCCACUAUGAUGCAUUGCAGUUUCCUGGUAAGAGUGGCGCUCGAUCAAAACUUUAGCUUACUGAAAAACUUGUAACAUGGCUGGCUGUCACAAAAAGGAGAAGGUAAGGAAACGAAUUUGCAUAAAUUGAUCCAAAAGUUGAGGCGACUCUUUUGAUUGUAAUCGACCAAAAUGUACAAGAAUAAAUAAAUUUCGAUUUCAAAAAUCUUUGCUUUUUCUUGGUCAAGACUGAUUAUGGAGGUUAAAGGAUGGAUCAAUGGCACAGAGAUACUUUUUCUCUUGAGCUUGGCUUCAAAUGUAUUGGUGUAAAAGCUUUCAUCUUCUUUCUUUGUUAUAUAUAUAUAUUUUAUACAAGUUGUGCACUGCAAA